ACCCAUUACCCCCCAUAUUUUGACCAAGUCAAACCUAGGGCAAGAAAAAAACUUCCGCCAAAAGCCCAAAUCUCUCCCACCCAAAUGUCCUCCACUAAAUUAAUCAGAUCCCGUUAACCCUAAAUCUCCUCCAUUAAAUCGCCCAAAUCUCUUCCAUCACUUCUUUCUUCAGUUCCCGGUAGCAGCAGUAAACAGUAAAGUCGUCACUUCGCCACCUCCGCCGCCGCAAACCAUCACGUACAGAAUGUUGUUUUCUUCCUUGGAUGAAAGAGCUCGAAUCCUUAGCCACUUAUGGGAUGUUCGAGAAGGUUGAUAUGGAGAGUAAAACGAAACCUGAUGGUACACUAGCCUUAACAAUAUCAUUUUUGGAGAGUACGUGGCAGUCAGCUGAUAGAAUUAGGUGCAUAAACGUGGGUUUGAUGGCCCAAUCGAAACCUAUUGAAAUGGAUCCUGAUAUGACUGAUAAGGAGCAAAUGGAGUAUUAUAAGAGUCAGGAGAAGGACUAUAGGAGGAGGAUUGAUAAGGCCAGGCCGUGUUUGUUGCCCCUUUCGGUGCAUAGAGAGAUUUUACAGAUGUUAAAGGACCAUGGAAAGGUACAAAGGAGGCCCAGCAUUGCCAAGAAAGAUGAUUUAUGAGGGCAUUACCAGUGAGAAGAGAGUAGAGGUUUACCCACUUUUUCUCAAUUUGAUUGAUUCUAGG